AACAUUUCUCGGCGCACCACAGAGCUCCGCAGCGAUCCGAGCACGGUGACAAACAGACACAAACUAUUGACAAACUGCUUACAUUUUUAAAAAGUGAAGUAAGUAAGUACUUGUCAAACCUGCAGUCUGUGUUGAUGGAAGGCAGAACAGCGAGCAUUCUCAGUAAAGAAGAUGGCUCUGCGUGCGUGUGGAUUCAUAGUGUUUCGUCGACUAGCCAGUUGUGUCCCUCCACCAGACAACAUCGAGUACCUCCUCUUGCAGACCUCUUAUGGGGUGCACCACUGGACCCCACCCAAAGGUCAUGUGGAUCCAGGUGAGGAUGACCUCACCACAGCUCUGAGAGAGACCAAGGAGGAGGCGGGACUGGGGGCGGAGCAACUGCAGGUGAUUGACGACUUUGUGCAGGAGCUGCGCUACGAGGUGCGAGGCAAACCCAAAGAGGUGCUGUACUGGCUGGCCGAGCUGAGAGACCCAGGAACAGCAGUGACUUUGUCUGACGAGCACCAGGACUACCGCUGGGCCCGGCUGGAGGAAGCUUGCGCUUUGGCCGAGUACAAAGACCUGCAGGACACGCUGAGAGCAGCACACAGACACCUGGAGGGUCAGCAGGACAAACAGCAAUGAACCAGGAUGAAGACUGUGCAGAAGGGAUGAUUAAAGAAGGGAAAGCUUCCAAGUUGGUAGAGCUACCAAAUUGGUAGAGCACCCAUUUUGACAUUGUGUGCAAUUCAUGUGAUUGAUGAAUAAGUCUCUGCCAGGUUCAAAUACCGUUGGGUUAAACACUUUGUCUCUACAGAUCUGUAUAAUUUAAGUCUUAUUAGAUUUCCUUCUCUCAAGAGAAAGCUGAGUAGGGAGUAAAAGAAUCAGUGCUUGAAAACCAAUAACUGAUUUGAUCUUAGUCACUGCACAAAACCCAAAACAAGUCAUGUGUUAUGAGGUUAGCUAUAUAAAUAUCUUAAUGUUAAUAAACUAAACACAAAAGUUAGUGUAGGAGAAAAGCAAGGAGAUUGACACCCACUUAUCAGUCUUUGGUACUCAGUGGAGCAGCGUCAACCUGAAGAGAAUGUUUUCAUACACUUUUUAAUUCAAAUGUAUUGAAAUAAAUGGAGAAAAAUAAAUGUGUACCUGGAUACAUCUAAAACCUUAAUUUAAAAUGUGAAAAUAUAUAUACAAGGUGCACUCAUAACAAAAAAAAAAAAACACUAAAAAGACACUAUCCAAUACUUGAGACAAAAACAUUGCACAAGCAAAAUGAUGAAUUGGAUAAAAUGAAACCGCAAGCAGUAACUGUUGCCACUGGGUGGCGACAAAACCAAGAAACCUGAUGGUGAUCAUUUGCAACUAUGGACUAUAAAAUACUGUGGAAAUACCAAUCAGCUCAGUGACUGCCUUCAGGCUUUUUCCUUUUUUUAUUUACAGUUCUCAGCAUCCCAAGAAACACAAGGUACACCUUUUAUUGCAAAUGAGUUCCUGUCCAGAAAUGAAAAGCCAAUAAUGGGGAUAAUUUUAUUAUGUUCGAAACAAUGGUCAUACAAUUUAAGAGAGACCAUUAUUAUGCAAUGAUUCUGGGUGAAUGUACAUAUUAUCAUAAAAGUCAAACAAUGAACAUAAUGUUCAUUUUUUGCAGGGAUGCUCUACUAAACUAUAUAUUAUAUAGACCUUAGUAUACUAAUGAAAACAUUUGCGAACAGGCUGAAUUACCAAAUCAGGAAUUAGGUUGUGGACACUUGAGACAUUACCAAGUCUUGUUUACUCUUCAUGGCUUGAGUACUUGACUGAUGAAGGACUAGUUAAGCGAUUACUCAGUAAAAAAAAAAAAGCAACAAGGGAUUUAAGACAAACAAUAAUGUCACUGAAACAAAUCACCAAGUCAUUCCUUAUUUUGAGAUGAGAUGAUUGAGCAGUUGGUUUUAUGUGCAGUCAGCCUGGACAUAAAUCAAUUAAUAAUCUGGGCAAAAUCCUAACAAUCAAUGUGUUUUGUUUUUUUAACCAACUCCUCAUCAUAUUGUUCAACAAGCAAACAGUGUUGUAAAAUCAUAGUGUACCUCAUCGAUGUAUUAUAAACCUGAAAAGCAGUAACUAGCACACAUAUUUUAUCCAAAGUGCUUGUUCUGUCACAAGCAUAUGGUGAAAUUCAAGCGGGACUUCAAACUUGAUCCUGGUCACUGGCGCUGACAUAUUGUACUCGAUACAGGAAAGCUCUGCUCUCAAGACUAUGCUGCAGGAUUGCCAGCCUCUGCUGAAGGGUUGAAACGAGUAAUUAAAGAAACAAUUGUGUUCUUGCAACUCAUAAAGCUGAGUGGAGGCACUGACUUCAAUUAACUGCUAUUUGUCUUCUGGGUAUUUUAAGGACACACGAAACAGCAGUAAACUUGAGGUCAGUGUAAGUGCCUUUCUACUUUGACAAAGUAUACACAGUUUACUGUAAAGUCACACUGUGCAUUGAGCAAAAGCUGAAGUAUUGCUUGGAGACCCAUCAGUGCUUCAUUCAACCAGUAAUGAAUGUUGUGCCUGUAGAGCAGAAAAGCUCCUCUCCCUGUGAUAAAAGACAGCUAAUUGUUCUUAAUAGAGAAAACAGUUAUCUUCGUGAUUCAACAUUUCCUCGGCAACGUGGUAGUUUAUGUGUCAUCUUAUUAUAAGGUAAGCAAUAUCUCAAAAUGUUCUCAAUGCAUUCAGACUCAUUAGGACUUUUAAUUAGAGGGCAAUUGUGGACCAAAAUGUUGUACAAGCUUGGCCAUCAAGGAACCUUCAAGGGUCGGUUCACUAUGAAAGAAAUAACUACCAUACCACUUGUAGUAUUUAGCAAUCUGAAUUGUUAGUUUUUUUUUAGGUAUUCAUUUUUUAAAGAUUUCUAGUUCCACCUUAGUUCAGCGGAGCUGAACGGGAUUCUGUUUGUGGUGCUCAAAGCAUUGAAAGAAAAAAAAAUUGAACAGCAACGUGACUUUCCCAGAACCAUGUCACACUGUAAAAGGAUUUCAUAGGGACUAUUUUUAUAACACUUGUUGCUGUAGGAAUUUUGUUAAUGUAGUUUUCUUCCAAACAAAGUCCCUUUCAAAUCAGUUGUAUCAGAGUAACAGAGUGUAGGCAGAAAUCUCUGAUAACAACAUCUUGACAAAUUAAACCAAUAUGCAUGACUAGAUACCAAUAACAGUAUACUUUUUGUUAUUUGGGUGAACCAAGACUUUAAGCAUAUAAUCCAUUUACCCUAGCACAUUAAUUAUCUGUGUAGCUUGUAGUAGUGACCCGUUGUCAAUAGCACAAUAAUGUGAAAACCUUUCAACAGGCUUCAAUGACAUACCGUUUUAUUUUGAAUGAUUUCCCAACUUAACCACAAUGUCCCCAUUUGCAUAUCAAUCCUAUUUCUACUCCAAAAACCAACUCACUGUGUUGUCUGUUUUAAAUGACGUGUGGGCUUUGCAACAUAUAUCAAAGCUAAACAGCAAACAAACCCAACAAUGUAUAUAUUUUUACAAUAGAAACUUUAUGUGUGACAUUUGCAUCCUCACAAACACAAAAUGAUGCGGAAUAAAAUGACAUAAAAUCAAAGAAAAAGAAACAACAAGGACAGCAUUAACAUCAAUGUGUGGACGUAUUGUGGACACACGCAUGUCAGUCCAUUGUGUGUGUGGCAAUGCGAAGGUCCACACUUAAUAAAAAAUUCACACUUGUGCACACACACAUGCUCACACACUCAGAUUAAACAAACUAAAUUAUUUCAUUCAGGCCUUCGUAUGUAACAGUGUGAAUGGAAUAACAUGUCACUAUUUUAGACUGCAGUCCUUUUUAGUGUGUAAUUUCUUAGGUUGGGAUUUGGGAAUUAUCAUCAUCCCUCAGAGAAAAUAAAUGUUGGUUGAUCUCUUCCCUCUAAAGGCCUCCUGAGUUGUUCUUCACCUGCCCUCCUAUAAAAACAAAGCAUACAUUAAAGUCAAAAAAGAGGAGGAUUUUAAGAUUGAAGAUCUCUCAACUGAUUAUUGGGCAACACUAUGCCACAACUUCAAUCUUAACAAAACAAUUCUAAAAAUGCUGAUUCAGAUUUCUAAAUUCAUGAUGGAAGGAAAUUGUUGUGAAUGUUUUAAUUUUGGGAAAUAAGCUUAAUAACUUUCUUGUCUAGAGUUAGAUGAGAAGAUUGAUGUCCUUCUUUUGUGUGAAGCUAAUCCGUGAAGCGCAUUAAGUGGGAAGCUAAAGCCAGCAGCCGGUUGGCUUAGCUUAGCUUAGCACAAAGACUGGAUACAAAAGGAAACAGCUAGCCCGGCUCCAUCCAAAAUCAGACUACAGAAAGUCACUUCUCCUGGCCAAGAUAUUUGAUAUAAUCAGGCUAAGCUAACCAGCUAAUGGCUGUACCUUUAUAUCAAAAAGGAAUAGUUGGCCAUUUCGGGAAAUACACAGUAAUGUGCUUUCUGUCAAGGAGUUUGAUGAAAAGAUUUACAACUCUUUUGUCUGUCCGUUAAAUACUAAGCUACAGCCAGAAACUGGUCAGCCAAGCUUAGCAUGAAGCCUGGAAACAAAGAAAACAACUAGGAUGGAUCUGUCAUAUGGUAUCAAAGUCAGCCUACCAGCACCUUUAAAGCUCAAUCAAUAAGACUUUACAUCUUGUUUGUUUAUUCUGCACAAAGCCCUGAGUGUACAAACAACAAUUUGCUGUUUUAAGGGGGUUUCGUGGUGGACUAUUUCUUGGCAGUAAAGAGUCCUGGAAGGUACUACUCUCAGCCAAGAAAGGGUUCAACACAACCUCUGCAAAACAACGAAUAUACAUUUUUACGCUAAGGGUUUUGUACAGAUUUAAAUAGGGCUGUCCUCGACUAAACAAAUUCUUAGCUGUUGAUUUAAAAGACAGAUCUGCAAAACUGAAUUUCUCUACAAAGAAUCACAGAAAAGCACCACUUUAAAUCUUGUGUUAACUGGAGAUGUGCUCAUGAGGACGUCAGCAUGAAAAAAGCAAAGAAAUUCGACUCACUGUCAAAGGAAAAUUUUAGUCGAGUAAGAUAAAAAACCCAGAAAAGUCGACUAAUCGACUAAAAUGGGGUAGCCCUAGAUUAAACAAACAAGAUAUUGCUAGACGGAGCCAAAUUAACCGUUUCACCACUUUCCAGUCUUUGUACAAAGCUCAGCCAAACGGCGACCGUCCGUCGUUUCAUAUUUAACUCAUUAGAGUGGUUUAGAUCUUUUCAUCUGAGCCACAAACAUAUUACCCCAAUAUGUCAGACUAGUCCUUUAGCAGAUGCCAAUGAGAUUGGUACAUUUAAUUUCUAUGAUUUUACUUCUUCUCUAUGUGUUGGGGGAUGGGCAAAAAAUGGGGACCACCUCAAGAGAAGUUCAGAAUUUGUGGCAUUUAUCUCCCUCAUGUUGUGCCUUGAUAUCGAAUCCAUAAAUGAUCUGGUUCAGGAGUGCGUUUCCUCACCCGGUCAUCCCCAGAAUCCAGUCUCUGUGAGCGUCCAAAGCACAGAGCCAGGAGGAAAUGUUUCACUCCUCUGGCGUCAUAUUAAAAUCCAAAAGGUAUCUCUUACAGAGUUUAUUCUAACAGCUUUAAAUCCAGCACACGCUGCCAUUGCUCCACAGUCUUCAGAAUGAAUGAUCGUUGGGCUGUACUUGGUGUCCUUGGCAUAAAAUCCAUCCAUUUAAAUCAAAUGUUUGCGCAGUGCUCUGUUAUGUUGAAAAGGGCAACAGAUUCAUACCUCCAACCAUAAAAAAAACCAAACCCAAAUAGUUUACUUGAUGCCGCACAAGUAGUAUUAGUCACAUUAUGUUCAGUGUGUCCAAACGUUUAAUACUCAGAGGGUGUUUUCUUUUUUUUAAAUCAGUCAAAUCCUCAGCCAGGUCAGUCUUCACCAAAACAGCACUAGAAUACAAUGUUUCCUCAACUGGACAAAGUCCAAGAGGUCAUUUGGGGAAAAAAUUCACUGGUGAGACAGAAGUUCCAGAGAAAGGAACAGGAAAACCCUGACAUUGUAGUCAAUGGAUGAAUAGUAAAUGUACAUAUCCACACACAAACACACACGAAUAACAGGCAAUCAGUGUCAUAUUCAUUCAAAUGCAAAUGUGUCGCUAAGCUGCAUGUUGAUUUUGUCCCUGUCGAUAAACAGACUCUGGAUGUGGUGUAGCACAGUAACAACGUCCAAUUUUCACAAAGUCGCAUUUAAGCUCGAGUUGGCUCAAAAACAUAACUUUUUCACAUCUUUCGCAACAUAAUGUGAGCAUUUUUUCUCAAGAAGAAAGUCCCUACUGGUGCAUUUAGAUGAUUUUAAUCCAACUCAAGCCAACCAAAAAGAAAUCAACUUUAAGGACCUAAAUCAAGACCAACAGCAACACUCAGUCACGUGUAAACACGCUGGCGGUGGGUUUUGGAGACUUUUAUUUCACUCCCUGCCCUCUACAACCACCCAAUGAUGCAGAAAGAACUAAAAGGAGGUGGAGGUGAGGAGCAGUUUGUGUGUUAAGUUUCUCUUUGACUGGUUUUUCUCUCUCCCUGAGGUAUAAGAGGCAGACAGAAGUGUAGGAGGCGACGUGAGAAAAAGGUCUAGACCUUGUCCCCCCCCCAACCAAAUGACGUUGCUUUAAGGGGCUCAUGAGGGAGCAGCCAUGAUGGACACUGCUGAAGGUGGCGCCAAGAGGAUGGAGUCACGACGGAGCCUGUGUUUGCAAUUUUGAGUUGACUGCAUCAGUCGAACAGACAGGCGUGUGAGGGAUAGAGAUUUUCUGUCACUGAUGGACAAUGACAGGACAAGCUGGCCAGCUCAUCGACCAGUUAAUGAGCCAAACAGCAGAGUGUCCAUCGGCCAGACUGUCUGAGUCCCUCCCAGAAAAAUACAGGGGACAAAAAGUCAGGGAGGACAAAAUGUCAACCAACUAAACAAAAGAAGUACAUCAAAAACAGCAACUAGUAAAGACAUGGUGGAUAGAGACAAUCUUUUAACACAAAACCACACAAUCUGACGCGGACUAGCCAGACAAAGAGCCGGCCGGCUACAGUGGGGUUCAAGACACCACCACGAGGACAGUUUGAUUCCAUCAUUUAUCAAGAACUAAGACAAUUUGUUUACUUUGCUCAAGGUUAUUUAGAACUUAUAAGUGUGAUUUUCUAUCUUUGGGAAAUGCUUGUAAUAAAUUAAAAUACUGGUGUGUUUUUCCUCACCAUGUAUGCAAAUGUUAACACAUGUAUGCUCCAACACAAUGUUAAUUAUUGUGUUUUUUAUAUGACGAAUGAAAUGUUACCGACAUUAAUGCAUGAUCAUUAAAAAAAUUGCUCUGAUUAAAAGGCUGGAAAGACUUUCACCAAACCGAGUUAUUCUCAUCCACAAAAGGACAAGACUGAACUGGAGAUGGCACUAUGGUUUAAAGCAAA